GCGACCUUUGCCGUGUCUCCACAGAGCGCUUCCUCCACUGGGAGACCGAGCACAACGGGGACGGGUGGGCCGUGGAAGCCAACAGGAAAUUCGUGGAAGGGGCCGAGGCCCAGACCUGCUUCGUCUCAUCCUAUCGCUGGUGUGCAAAAUCUCAGCUGGUCGACCUUCUGAGGGAAGGCCUGUGGGGGGACCUUCUGGACACCCACCAACCCGAGAUUGUCGUCUCCGACUGGUGGGGGGCCCGCGAGGACUGCGGCUGCGUCUACAUGAUCCAGGUCACCCUCGUGGCGGCCGAUCAGAAGUCCGUGAUGGCCAGGUUCAACAGCCAGCCGGAUCCCAUCCCACAAUGGAACGACGCUGAGUAUCAACAGGUAUCGCACGUGUUCAGAGAUUACGGCCCCGGCGUUCGCUACGUGCGGUUCUGGCACAGAGGGCAAGACACCCAAUACUGGGCUGGGCAUUACGGAGCUCGCAUCACAAACUCCACGGUCGUGGUCAGAUUCUCCCAGGACUCCCAGUGACCCCCGCUUGGGGGGGGGGCAAGGGGUCUGCACGGCCGCCAACCUCUCGCCUCCGUCGGCAACGCUGAGGAUAAACUGCUCCAAAUGAGGAACAUGGACGUUGCAAAGGGAGGACAGAACACCGUUACUGGACUUCUUUUUAAAGUAUAAAAAUUAGCUCGGAGUCAGUUCUGCUUAAUAAAGAAAGAAAGAAUAAA